AAUAAUAAAAAAUAUUGUUUAUUUUGGUAGAUGAGAGACUCCUAUCAACAAUAUCCCUCUUUUUAAAAAACAAAAACAAAAAAAAAAGCUUUAUAAAAAAAAACAAUAUCCCACUAGGAAACUAAAAAGACCUCUUACGCUUAAUAUAUACAUAUGUCUGAAAACGAUUGAUCAUUAUCUUGGGUCUCUCUCUCUUUCUCUUCGUCUUACAAGGUGCAACAGAAUGUGGAAAGAGGAAAAGUCAUGCGUAGUAGCAAAUUCUACAAUUACGAGCAAGUUUGAAGAUCGUCCUCCUUCUACUUAUUCCAUGAAGAUCCGAAGCUUCUCUCAACUCAAUACUCUCUUCCCCGAUGACAGAUACAAGUCCCGUUCUUUCUCUUCCGGCAAAUACAACUGGAGAUUGGUUUUAUACACAAAAGGUAACAAAGCGGACAAGGGAAGUGGAUUUAUCUCAAUGUAUGUUGAGUUAGAUACCUCAAGCCUUACCGCGUCCACGGUUUUGGCAUAUCUCACCUUUUUUAUUUACAACAAGAAAGAAAAUAAAUACUUUACUAUUCAAGAUGCUGAAGGGAAGCAGUUCAAUGCAAUAAGACCGGUAUGGGGAUUUUCGCAAGUGCUUCCGCUUGAUACAUUCAAUGAUCCGGAGAAGGGAUAUGUCUUCGAGGGAGAUCAAUGCGAGUUUGGUGUUGAUGUGUUGGUUCCACUUGCCAAUUGGGAAGUUGUCUCGUUUGAUCAGCAACCCUCGAAUCCCAAGUUCUCUUGGACGCUUAACAAAUUCUCAAAGUUGAAAGAGACAACUUACCAAGAAGUUUUCAAUCGGAAGAAGGAAUUGGGUGGUAAGGUUGUAUCCCAAGGAUUUAACAGAUUGCAAAUCCUUAUCUCUCUAUCUAAAAGCUGAUAAUGAGACAAUAAAGGAAGGUGACAUGAUUUACGUGCAAGCGGAUAUGCGAAUUCUCGACCCAUUUGGAUGUUAUCACGUGGAAGGGAAGAUUAACAGUUGGUACCAGAAAACAAUAACUCAAGAAUGGGGAUGGAGUAAAUUUGUGUCUUUAGAUAAACUUCGGAAGGCCUAUUUGGACAAAGAAGGCUCUUUGAAUGUAGAAAUCGAAUUUAAAGUCGUGUCUACCACCGAAUACUCUUCAUGAAGAUCUUCCUUUUCAUUUUUUUUUAAUAUUAUUUUUUACUCAGAUUUUUUUUUUUUUAAUGAAUUGUGAUAAAAAUUGGAUUGAUUUGAUGAGUUUUAUCUUUGUUUUUUUUUCACUUUUUUUUUUGAAAAGAUCCACACCAUAACCAAACCUUCAGGUUAUAUUAUUUAUCAAACAGAGCCGUUCAGAGCAAUUUACAACUCAAGAAACCUCGGUAGA